AUGGUGGUUAAAUCACAUGAUAAUGAUGAUGGUAGUAGGCCAUCGAAAGACUUUACCGAGCACAGCGUCACAAAACCGAGGAUAUAUCACGGAAGAACGAAAAGAGAAUUAUCGAGGAGUCACGAUCCCGGGGAAAAGGGUGGACACGCGCCGGAUUUAAUAAUAUCCCUACAUCUCGACGGGAUCGAAAGGAUUUUAGAAUUAACAAUUAAUUAUGAUCUCAUAAGUAAAUCGUAUUUUGAAAAGACUCAAAAAAAUGGAUCGUACCACGUUCACAAACCUACACCGGACGAAAUGGAAUUGUGUCACUACAACGGGUACAUACGUAACGUUCCCGGGUCUUGGGCCGCAUUGUCGACGUGCACUCAUUUGAAAGGUAUCGUUCACGAUGGAAAAGAAACGUAUUACGUGGAUAAAGGGCCCGAAGAGGGUUUUAAUUACGUGUACAAUGGAAAACACAUUAAUCCGAAUAAAACGCUGUCGUGUGGAUUUCCACAAAGUGACAAAUUAUUAAGGCUGAAAAGAGACACGGAUGCCAUACGAGGGCCUUACAAUGCCAAUCGACAGUCGAGAUACGUCGAAUUACUUCUCGUCGUCGAUCACGAAGAAUAUAAAGCUUUGGGAGAUUUGAAAGAUGUUUACCAACAUUGCAAAGACAUAACGAAUAUAAUCAACGCGUUGUUUGUUCCCUUAAACAUUUUCAUUGCUCUUAUCGGCGUCGUCGUGUGGACUGAAAAAAACGAAAUAUUUUUAUCAACAAACGGUGAUAAAACGCUAACGAAUUUUUUAUUAUAUAGAAAAGAAUUUCUGGUCAAGAAACAUCCAAACGAUAAUGCUCAAUUGUUGACGAGAGUUCAAUUCGACGGAGGAGUCGUAGGAAAAGCAUUGAAAGGACCGAUAUGCACUUUCGAAUACAGCGGUGGGAUUUUCAUGGAUCACAGUUCCGUGGUCGGUUUGGUUGCCACAACGGUCGCACACGAGUUGGGUCAUAAUUUCGGAAUGGAACACGAUCGUUCGGAUUGCGAAUGUCCCGACGAUCGAUGCAUAAUGGCACCGUCAUCAAGCGCCAUGUCACCCUCUCAUUGGUCCUCCUGCAGUCUCGAAUUUUUAGCUCAAGCUUUCGAACACGGAAUGGAUUAUUGUUUGAGAAACAAACCGACGAAACUUUUCGAUUCUCCGGUUUGCGGAAACGGAUUCGUCGAACCGGGAGAACAAUGCGAUUGCGGUUUGCCUCACAGAUGCAAUAAUCCUUGUUGUAAUGCCACGACGUGUAUGUUGUUUGCCAACGCGAGUUGUGCAACCGGCGAAUGUUGCGAUUUUGAGACUUGUAAACCUAAAGGAGCUGGAAUUGAGUGCAGAUCGGCCGAACACGAGUGCGAUUUACCCGAAUAUUGUACGGGAGAAAGUGAAUACUGUCCUUCGGAUGUGUUCAAAAUAGAUGGAGAUAGUUGCAGUAAGGGAAAAGCAUUUUGUUAUCAAGGAAAAUGUCGAUCCCAUUCCGAUCAGUGUCAAUUAUUGUGGGGUCCGAGUGGUAAAAACUCCGAUACGAGAUGCUACGAGAAAAACAUUAACGGGAACAUGCAUGGAAAUUGCGGUUAUAAUCGUUUAAAUAAAACAUACGUUAAAUGUUACAGCGAGAACGUAUACUGUGGCAUGGUACACUGCAGUCAUUUAAACGAAAGACUGGAAUUCGGAAUGGAAUCCGUUUCGAUAUUGGCUCAUUCGUUUAUUAACAGCGGUAUGAACAUUACCGCAUGCCGAACGGCCAUGGUCGAUUUGGGACUCAACGAAAUAGAUCCCGGAUUGGCUCCGGAUGGUGCCAAAUGCGGAGAGGGAAAAAUGUGCGUUAAUCAAAAAUGUAUGUCCGUGGGAGAUUUACGGAAAUCGAAUUUGGAAUCUUGCCCUAAUAACUGCAGCGGAAAUGGAAUUUGUAACAGUAAAGGUCAUUGUCACUGUAAUCGCGGUUUUGCUCCGCCUCUUUGCGCUUAUCCCGGUGCUGGAGGCAGCACCGAUAGUGGACCCGCGAGCGAUCCUAAUCUUGGAAAAAGAGUCACGAUCGCUUUGUAUUUAGUUUUUCUCGUCAUAUUCAUAUUAUCUAUUUUGGCAUUUUUAUUUAUCUACUACACGAGAGCUAAUGUUAAAAUCUGGUGGAAAAAAUCUCCUACGAGACAUACCAGCGCGCCUUGGGAAUGUAAGAGGCAAUCGCCAGGACGAGGAGCAACGGUAUUGCUUCCUGAAAAUGUGGGCAUAGUCGACGUUGGAAUUAUUAGAGAUAGGUCUCCGGGUCCUAAAGCGACAUUACUAAAUGAAAAACAAGCUGCCGUUGUCACUCCGGCAAAGCCAAAAAUUAACGAUCUUCAAAGUGAAUUGUUCGUCAAAGGAAAAGGUUUUACCAUAAAACCCAUUAAAAAACCGGGAGAAAGCGUUCCUAAUUCUAUGGUUAAAAAUACAGAGUUCAAUCAUGAGAAAUCGAACAAUAUUUUACCGCCAUCUUAUGUCAAAUACGAAAAAGUCAAUUCGAAUCCAAACGAUAACGAUUUAAAUUCGGGAAUAUAUGCUAAUAUUGACAAUAAGUGGAAAUCUGAAAACGAGGAACCGCCUCCGAUUGUGCCCUCGGCUCCAACUCUACCCAACGUAAUUUUCGCAAAUCCUAGAACCAAAUCAAAAAACAAAUCGUUGGUUUCGUCAAAAGAAUCGUCGGAUGUUACAGACGCUCCAAACGUGAGUUUGGGACCGUCGAGACCUAAAAUUUCCGAUCCGGUUUUGGAGGGAACCACUGCUAAGGAAUUACUAGCGGACGGUGCCAAUUUGGUACCGACGAGAAAAGCUCCCUCUAUUCCUUUGACGAAAGCACCGAACGAAACCACAACAGAAGGAUACGAUAAGGAGUUGCCGCCUGUUCCCGAUGACAGUUUUAAAAAUAGACCCAUAUCUAAUUCUGACAAAUUAAUGGAUGAAAAAAAACUAUUAAAAGAGCUUAAAGAAAACAAAGAGUAUCCAGCAUUGACGAAAAUUGCCAGCUUGAUGAAAAGCGCGUCCAUUAAUAGAUCAUCGAGCGUGAAUGAGAAAAACAAAGCUAAAAUCAAACCGGAAAUAAGGAAACUAAAAUUCGAUAAGGAAAAACUUAAAAAUAUCGAAAUAUCGAAUCCGAUACCUCAAGUUGACUCCGGAGGCGCAGCGGAAAAGGAGACGACAAGUAUAUCGAGAGCUCAAAGCAUGCGAGAACCUAGUCAGCCGAAACCUAAUCUACAAAGUUUUGGAAGUAUGCGAAUUCCCAGUGGAGCCAAUCGGCCAACGAGCAUACACGUUCACAGUAGACCCACGUCACCGCCUCCGAGGCCGCCUCCUCCGAAAAACUUAUCACAGGAGUAUUCGUACGACGACUGUCUUAAUCUCCUGACGGAAAAGAAUGCUCCUCUGGCACAAAUGGAUAAUUCUCCCACGAACAACAUUUAUGCCGUAAUCGAAGACUCUCCGAAGCUGUCGAAAAAAUUAGAUAAUAAUGAACGGAAAGUUCAUUUCGAUGACGGCAGGUACGAAGAGCCUGUGGAAUUGGAAAAAUCCGAAUCCCAGUCUGCGGAAAAUAAGAAAUCAUUUAAUAAAGUAGGAACGGGUAGUACGGAAUCCAUGGGGUUGCUGAGUGAAAUAGUAUCCGAAAUACAAGCAAGAAAUUUAGACAGUAUUUAUUCUUCGGGCACGUUGAAAAAAAAGAAAGAAAAGGAAAAAGGGUCGGAAAAUUUCGGAGCGAGUAGUAAUUCGAAUAAUUAUUACGGUAACUUAUCGAGUAAUAAAAAUGAACCCAAAAAUUCAAAUUCCACGGCGAGUUCGGAGUUUAAUAACAGCGUGGUGAAAAAUAUCAAUCAACCCAAACCCCCCAUGAUCUUCAACGAUCUUAGCAAGAAAACAGGGAGCGAAGAAACUCCCAAAGUGAACAAUACCGAUGUAAAUACCUACAAGCCUUUUAGCUCAUCGUUAAUUAGAAACAGUGGUCCAUUAGCAAGCAGUUACAAAGACAAAUUCGAACCGAAAAUGACGACAGCGGAUAAAGAUUUAAAAAAAGACUUUUUAACUUCGAAUAAAGAAGUCGAGCCUUCGAUUAGUGGUAAUAAUAAUAAUAAUAAUAAUUCGAACACUCCUUCAUCGGCGAGUCCAUUCGUCAAAUCCUCAUUUACGCGUCCUUCUCUUCUAAGUACUCCAACCCUACCAAAAACGACUCCUUUGUCGAUCACGUCGAAUUUUCCGAAAACACCCGAAGAGGAUGAUGGCGGUACUUCAAAGUCGUCGGUGAAAACGACGAAAACACUUUCGAAUUUACCCGGUGGCGGUAACAAUAAAAAAACGACUGAAAAAAACAAAAGUACUGAUAAUUUGAGCGGUGCGACGAAAAUGACGUCUUCGAAGCCCAACGUCUUGUCGAGGAAACCAUCGCCAUCACGUAAAACGACUAGUCUCACGACGGAGAAAGAAGGAACGGUGAUGAAACCAUUAACGAGACCUCUUCCCUCUAUACCGAAACCUUCGGUAAAAACCACGACGGAACCAUCGAAAACGUCAUCGAGUUCUUCUUUGAACAGGAAAAACAGCAGGGAAAAUUUAACGAAUAAAAUUCCGAACGGAAAUAAAAAACAAUUCGGAACGGAAAGAAAACCGGAAAUAAGUAAAGAAAAACCAGUGCCAAAGAGAAACGUCGCGGCGAACGGGACCGUGAGCGGAUUACAAAGUAAAUUCGAAUCGACCGGAAACGUUAGUUUCGAUAAUAAAAAAACAGUUCCUCCAGUGACAUCAACAAAGUCUAAAUUUUCAAACGACAGCAACAGCAACAGCAACAAAUCGAGUAUUCCAUGA